AUGGAGACCCGCGAACUAUGCAAGCACAUUUGUGCAACUCUCAUCACUGACUCCAUUAAUCACCGUACUAUAUCAUGUGCGGUUACUCGUGCUUCAUGUGCAAGGUGUAAAAUUAUUGAAAAUAUUAGAGAGCUGUUUGAAAGACGAGUACAUCGAGAGUACAGACGAGUUGAAAUUUACAAAGCAGAAUCGACUAUGGACACUUUAGAAAACCGUUUCACACAAUUAUAUCGUAAUAUAACUGAAUAUAUAAGUGAAGAUGAUUUAUUUCCAGCAUCAAUAGACGGUGUACCGAUACGAAAAUUGUUCAUCGGCAAUUUAGCUGAAAGGACUACUUUCAAAGAUGUAAAAAACCUCUUUUCUGUAUAUGGUAAGGUUGAAGGUUGUUACUUAUGUAGAAACGAGGGAAGAAGAAACUAUGCCUUUAUCACAUUUAGUGAUGUUCCAAGUGCGAUGAGAGCUUUAAAGGAUGGAUGUAGUAAACAAAUAAGAUUGUAUAACAGAGACUUGAGAGUAAUGGCUGCAGAUUCUUGGAAUCAACCUGAUAGUGUGGAACAAAAACUUUCUGAGAAAAAACCAGACAUAGAAUAUACCCAGGAAUAUACACAAGAUUAUUUUAGAAAUGCGCCUAUCCACAUGCUGAAUGAUGAUUGCUUGAUACACAUUUUUCAAUUUUUACGAAUUGCCGACAGAGUCCGUAUAGAAAGAGUAUGCAAACGUUGGAGAAUCUUAAGUCAAGAAUCUUGGCGUACAAUGAAGAAAUUGGAUAUCUCACACUUUACAUGGGGUCACCCAAUAAUGUACCAUAUCAGUACAGCUGUGCUACGGAAAGUAUUACUAAAAUGUGGUAGAUUCUUAACACAAAUAGAUAUAUCCGAAGUACCCAAUUAUUUGGGCAUAGGUACAUUGACUAUGAUUGCGAAAUUCUGCCCCAAUCUCACAAAUAUUGAUGUUUCUGCAUUGCCAAUUUGUACGACGGGCCUAUAUACAUUAACGAAAAGAUGUACAAAGAUAACUAGGCUUAGCCUAGGAGCAUCCACACACGUAUUGGAUAACGACUUGAAGAAUGUUUUCAAAGAAUAUCAAGAUCUAAACCAUUUUGCGAUACGUUCCAAUAGUGACAUCUCGGGUAAAUGCCUAUCAUAUUUGCCAACCCAGACAAUGCGUAUACUUAUAGUAGAGCAGUGCCAUAAUAUUGCAGAUGUUGAAUUUUCCACAGCAUUGGCAAGGCUCGAAAAUUUGGAAUAUCUUGAAAUAUGUACUUGCUCUAGUAUUGGUGAAAAAACAGUAGAAGUUAUCAGCAAUCAUUGUAAAAAAUUGAGAGAGUUACGAAUCCACGGAUAUUUUUCUUUCCUACAAAAUGUGGACAUGCUACAAUUUACCAACAUUGUCAAUUUGCAAGUGUUACAAAUUACACACUUUACCGCAUUGUCAGACGAGCAGCUCGUCAGUGUGGCGCUGAAUUGUCCGCAGAUUACUUAUGUAAACAUCUCAGGUUGCUACAACGUGAGCGAUGCCGGAUUGACUGCUAUUACAACAUUACCAAAACUGAGAUAUUUAUAUAUCAAUCUUUUGACUAAUAUUACCGAUCAUGGUUUGGAAAACAUAGUGAACCUAAAAGAAUUUGAAUGCCACUCAUGUCCAUCAAUAACGGACGAUGGGAUAUGCAAAGUUCUUGCAUCCUCGCCUCAAUUACAAUUACUAAAUCUUUCUAAAUGCUGCAGCAUUACGAAUGCCACUUACGAAGCUGCUAAACAAAUCUGCGAUAGUCGACCUAGUAAUAUGAUAUUAAAAAUGUUCAUUUGGGAAACACAAAUUGUUUUAACAGAUGAACAUAAAAUAUCUCCGUUUUUGCAAACUGUUAAUGUCAAUAUGGCACAUAGUGGGUGUCGUUGAAUUGAUGUUACAACAUUU